AUGUGGGACAGAAAGGCCUGGGCUGGGAGUGCUGCCGAACGGGCUGCAAAGGACCCAGGUGGCUUCCUUACAGCAGUUAUUUCGGCCCUUACUCCAUUGUUUCUAGCAAGUGCUGUCCUGGCCUGGAAACUGGCCAAGGUGAUUGAGGCCAGGGGAAAAGGAGCAAAAAAAAAACAAAACAAAAAACGCCAAGAAAAUAUUGCAAAAACGAAACGACUGCAAAAGGACUGCAGGAAUGAACAGGCUCCUCAACCAGAGGAAACUCAUUUGGGAAAUUACGCAGCUUUGGAAGGACCCUGUAAGGUUUCCUUUCUGGAUUUAUGA